GUUAGAUCGUACGCGACUAGUUUUCGAACGACUCGAAAGCUAACAAACGUUUGCCAACUGUCAUUGAAAACGUCGUUGAUAUUUCGAAAAAAUAUAAAUGAAUUUCGUAAAUAUUGAAUGUUUUAAUAAGUGAAUUUUAGAUUUUUGACUUUAUGGUUUUAAGUGUUAAAUGUUUGAUUAAUAUUUAAUGAUGUGUAAAAAGUGUGUUCUUAUAUUAUGUUUGUGUAUUUUAGGCGUGCUAUCGCACUUCAAAACGCAUGAGGGAUCUGGUGGCAUCAAAGCCUUUCGCAAGAUGUCCGUCCAGCGACUGGCAGCGCUUCGGGCGCUGAUGGCUAGCCAGCCUCAACCGCUCGCGGCUUAUAUUAUACCUACCGCCGAUGCUCAUAACUCGGAAUACAUCGCACCCGUAGACGCCCGACGCGAAUGGAUAUCGUGCUUCACCGGGUCAGCGGGCACAGCCGUGGUGACGACUUCGACAGCUCUCGUCUGGACCGACGGCCGAUACUACACGCAGUUCCAGCGUGAAGCCGACCUCGCGGCGUGGACGCUCAUGAAGCAGUCACAAACAGAAACCCCGACUUUAGAAAAAUGGUUGACCAGCAACCUGUCGGAGGGCGCUGUGGUUGGCGUCGACCCUCACACCUUCACCAGGGACGAGUGGAAUCCACUGCAGACGGCUCUAACGAAACACAACAUGCAACUGAUCCCCGUCUCACUGAAUUUGGUCGACGAGGUGCGACGUCAACUUGGCGAUCCUCCCCCGAAGCGGCCCAAUAAUGCUAUUAUACCGCUACCUUUGGAAUAUACUGGUAAGACUGCUGGUGAGAAGAUUCAAGAACUUCGUGAGAAGAUGGCCCAGAAGAAAGCUUCUGCGCUCGUCAUCACCGCUUUGGAUGAAGUCGCGUAUACUCUCAACCUUCGAGGCAGCGACAUACAAUACAAUCCGGUGUUCUUUUCGUAUCUCAUCAUCACUCCGACAGAAGUCAAGUUGUUGACGGCUUCGGAUCUGUCUACAGCCGUCCGUGAACAUCUAGACCGGGAACAGGUGCAAUUACAAAGAUUGCCGCUCAGUGACGUCGAGCCAGUGCUCAAGGGGAUGGCAAAAAAACUGUCUGAAGAGGGAAAUGGGAAGCAUUCGAUCUGGCUUUCAAGCGAUGCGAGCGAGGCCAUACAUAGGGCUGCUGCUGGGGUGGACGUGCUGAAAACUCCCCUGAAUUUAAUAUCGGAAAUAUCUCCGGUUGCCUUGAUGAAGCUUAUCAAGAACGAAGUGGAAUUACAAGGUUUCCGCGAAUGUCACAAGCGGGACGGCAUAGCGGUCGUUCGACUGCUGAAGUGGCUGCACGAUCAGAUCGACUGCGGUAAAACUGUCACUGAAAUACAGGCCGCUGAUAAACUGCUGGAGUUUCGCAAAGAGGAAUCAAACUUCAUGGGCCCCUCUUUCGAGACCAUCCCAGGCGCUGGGCCCAACGGGGCCAUCAUCCACUACAGCCCGUCCAGAGACGGAGUGCAGAAGGUCAUAGAGAAGGACGACAUGUUCUUACUGGACUCCGGCUCACAAUACAAAGACGGUACGACAGAUAUAACCCGCACUCGUCACAUGUCUCGCUCGCCGACUUCCGAACAGAAGUCUGCGUUCACGCGCGUGCUCAAGGGACAGAUCAUGGUCGGCAGUGCGCUCUUCCCGCAGGGAGUUAAAAUCGGUCUCCGAUUAUCGGACGGGGGCACCACAGAUAUAACCCGCACGCGCCACAUGUCUCGGUCGCCGACUUCCGAACAGAAGUCUGCGUUCACGCGCGUGCUCAAGGGGCAGAUCAUGGUCGGCAGUGCGCUCUUCCCGCAGGGGGUUAAAGGUAACGUGCUCGACAGCUUCGCUCGUCACUCCCUCUGGGAGGUGGGGCUGGACUACGCGCACGGCACAGGGCAUGGAGUGGGCCACUUCCUCAACGUGCACGAGGGACCCUCGGGGGUGUCCUGGAGACCAUACCCCCAUGACCCCGGCCUCAAGCCAGCACAGAUACUCAGUAACGAGCCCGGCUACUACAAAGUGGGGUCUUUCGGUAUUCGUCACGAGGAUCUAGUGGAGACCAUCAAAGUCACCAAGGAUAGUAACCAUCCUAGGGCUAGCGGUCUGCAAGGCGACUACGACGGUCGUGGAGUGUUGGGCUUCCACACGCUGACCCUCGUCCCGCAUCAGAGAGACUGCAUCGAUGUCACCAUGCUGACGGAUUUCGAACUAACCUACUUAAACGCGUACCACAUGCGCGUUUUCGACACUCUGGGUCCGAUUCUGAAGCAACGCGGUCUCAACGAAGACUACAAGUGGUUGCAACAAGAGUGUGAUCCGAUGACCAGGGGAUAACACUUGAUCGUGAAAAUUAAAGAAGUAAUAUAUAACCAUGGAAAACGAAGUCUACUUGUAUGUAACUUAAACUAAAAAUAUUCCAAUGUGUGCUACCUUUUUUGUAUUGAAGUACAAUAAAUUAUAAUAUACCUAAUGUGCAA